GCUCUUCAUAAUAAGCCCAGCUGGGUUAGUUAAACUAACUAUUCCCCCCAAUGAUGUCAUUUUCUCUUUUUGGCACUGACAUCCGCACGUUGAUAUCCGUAUAUCACUGCGACAGAAAUCAUGGCGACAGACACUUCCACAUACAAAUUGAACCAUUCUAUGCUUCGGGUGAAGGACCCAAAGAGAUCAGUUGAAUUUUACGAGUUCCUCGGCCUCUCCCUCAUCAACAAGAUCGAUUUCCCCGAGAACAAAUUCUCCCUCUACUUCCUGGCAUACAACGGCCCCCAGUCCCUCUCGGGUUCAAACCACUGGUCGGACAGGAACGGCGUCGUCGAACUUACUCACAACUACGGCACAGAGGAUGACCCUUCGUACGCAAUCACGAACGGCAACACAGAACCACACUGCGGAUUCGGUCAUCUCGGAAUCUCCGUUGAUAAUCUCGAGCUGGCAUGUAAACGCCUUGAGGAUGCCGGGUAUGUGUUCCAGAAGAAGAUUGGCGAAGGGAAGACCCAGAACCAGGCCAUCGUGAAGGAUCCAGACGGAUAUUGGAUAGCUAUCAGUUGGAAACACGAAACGGAUGCAGCCGUUGGACAGUCGGAUCCAUCCACCUAUCGGCUGAACCACACUAUGCUCAGGGUCAAGGACUCUCAAAAAAGUUUGAAAUUCUACCAGGAAGUUUUAGGCAUGACUCUUGUCCACACGGCCGAGCUUGAGAAUGGGGAAGGGAAGCGGUUUUUACUCGCCUAUCCCGCGUCCAAUCCGUCGCUCCAAGAGGGCACUGCCAAUCCCACCGCGGACUGGGAGGGUUUGGUGGAAUUGACAUGGAUUUACGGCACAGAAAAGCAGGAAGGGAAGGUCUAUCAUGAUGGCAACGCAGAGCCUCAGGGUUUCGGGCAUAUCUGCGUGUCAGUGGACGAUCUAGACGCUGCGUGUGCUCGUUUGGAGGAGCAAAAAGUGGCCUGGAAAAAGCGACUGACAGACGGGCGCAUGAAGAACGUAGCCUUCGUGCUUGACCCAGACGGAUACUGGAUCGAGAUCAUCCAGAACGAGAAGUUGAAAAAUCGAAGUAAUUGCGCAUUAGAAGGCCCUCCAGGCGCCGGCACCAGCGAUACAGAUUCGUACCACUGCUUCGAAGACCCGUUCUUCGUCCCUGUAUGGGAGAGAAGUCACGUGAAGUGCGCGCAGAAUCUCCUCGAGUGCGACGGCGAACCCAUCGAAUACGACGACGAGGAAGAGGACUUUAUAGAUAACUGUUUCUUCUUCCCCGAAGACUGCUCCUGCUCUUCGACCAAGACAUCAUCGACCUUCAGCACUGAUGUCACUGACCCCGAACUCGACGAUAUCAACCCUGCCGAGAUGAUCCCAGAGCUGCCGGGCAUCAAAAUGCUGGACACGGAAGCCCUGACCAACCUGCUAGAGGAUAACCUAUGCCCCCCAGAGAUUACCUCUAUUAUGAUAUUCGCUACAAAUGGGGCCAUUUUCGCGCAUGCCUCCUCACUUCCUGCACGCAAACUACGAAACCUGAGCGCGACAUACGGCGCCGCGUAUUUAUCAUAUGCAGUAAAUGCCCCCGCUGGUAACCUGACUGGCGUUAACCCCUCCAGCCAUCCCUCAUCAUUUGUAACAACACCCUCCGUGCCAUUAGGCGAUGUUGGGUCGAUAGUCUUCGAAUUCGAAAACCUAGCCGCGGUCGUCACCAAAAUCGCAGACAAAGUCCUCCUCGCUGUCGUAGGUCCCAGCCAUAUUAACCCACCGCAGGACCAGCAACAGCCGCCCCCAUCCUCUAAUGGUGAUGGACGCGACCGCGCACCGCCUGGGUCUGCAGCAAGCGAUACAGAACGAGCCACCGCCGGAGCCGAAUCCUACUCAACAGCAUUCGACAGCCACCCGAUGGACCACCCUAAUCCCACGAGUCUUGCAUCAUCAGCACCCAACCCAACCUGUACACCAGCAGCAGCGCUGCACGAAAGGGUAGCCUCAGCAGCAACAGCAGAACGUCCUCUAACACCUGCUUAUAACGACUCGGACGCGGCGCUACAGCUGCAGUGGGAAAUCGACCGCAGCAACGACCUAGACCGCCUCGCGAGUCUGAAUCUUGACUCGUCGCCUGCAGUGCUUCUGGCCCUGGAAUCCAAGUCCGCUGCCCUGGGGAAGUUCCUGAGUAACAAGCUACAGGAUCUUGAGUAUCCGGAUGAUUUCUGA